AUGCUUCCCACACCGCCUCCGUCUCCGCCACUCCUUCGCUGCUGCGCCCCAGAGGACCGUCUAGGGUUGCUGCUGGCCAACCGCCUGGAAAUAACCAGCAUCCUUGGAGUCGGCGCUUAUGGCGUGGUUUACACGGCAAUCGAUAUCCAUACCCAUAUCCCUUAUGCUGUGAAGGCCCUGAACAAAAAUGGUCUCGACCCAAGGCAACGGAAAUUUCAGCAGCGAGAGAUUAAGCUCCAUCAUCUAGCUAGCCAGCACCCCAAUGUUGUUUCCCUAGUCCGCAUCAUGGAUUCUGUUGAUUGUACCUUUGUUGUCAUUGAGUUCUGUCCCGAAGGCGAUUUGUUCUCCAACAUCACGGAACGUGGCCUAUUUGUCGGCAACGACCCACUGGCCAAACGCGCCUUCUUACAGAUUUUGGAUGCCGUUGAAUUUUGCCACAACAUUGGAAUCUACCACCGCGAUUUGAAGCCGGAGAACAUCCUGGUCGCCGAUGGAGGAAUGACUGUUAAACUAGCUGACUUUGGCCUGGCCACAAUGGAUUAUGUCACCUCGGAUUUCGGCUGUGGUUCUACUUUCUACAUGUCACCAGAGUGCCAACAAACAACUCCGAGACCCGGCUCUUGCUAUGUGUCACCCAUCAACGACGUGUGGAGCUUGGGAGUGAUCCUGGUGAACUUGACUUGUGGCCGCAACCCAUGGAAGCGUGCCUCAACCGAGGACACGACCUUCCGUGCCUAUUUAAAAGACCCGGAGUUUUUGCGAUCCAUUCUUCCUGUGUCCCCGGAGUUGAAUGUGAUUCUACACCGCAUUUUUGAAUGCGAUCCCUACAAGCGAAUUACCAUUCCGGAUUUGCGGCGCCUCAUUGUGGAGUGCCCAAGGUUCACCAUGCCAGCUCCCAGCACAAUCCCUACUGCUCCUACUCCCAGGAAAUCCGGACACCCUGAGGUGCUGCCUCCUUAUUCUUACUAUGCUCAUGCACCAGUUCCACGCAUCGAAUUGCUCAAUGCGCAGUAUUCCGGCUCAGCGGUCUCGGAUACGUCGCUCACCGACAAUGAAACUAUUUCUUCCGUUUCGUCGGACUCGGACUAUGCUUCCGAGAGCGAAACCGAAAGCUUCUCUUAUGUUGACCCACAGGCUACCCCCGAGUUCUGGAACACGGUUGUUUAUAUGCCUGAUGGGUCUGAAAAGAACAUGAACAUUCCUGUGCCUGCCUUACUUAACUGUCAGGUCCUUGAGGCAUACUGA